AUUCAAAACGCCUAGCCUCCUGUUUUGGCUUAUUCCUCUUUUCUGCUGAUCGCUAUGCCUGCAAGGGGAAUAAAACUGGGACGAAUGACUAGAACCACCGGGAAACCUUGAACUGUAGCAAAUCUACCACCACAGGAGCCCCAUCCCAAAAAAGGACCAUCGCCCAUACCCAGGAUCCAUCGCAAAACAAUUCACACAUAUCCUCUUCCUCCUACGGACUCCGGCUGCGACCUUCUUCUCGUCCCAUCUGACUUGGGCGAUAAUUUAAUUUUUACAAUCAUAAUUACACAUAGGGCCAACCUCCUCCUACCAGACAAUUCGCUUAGCGGGCUGCCCUUCUUGGAUGGGGGUGAUCGCCUUCUCUGACGACUCAAACCUCCCACGCCGCCAUGAGCCAACUCAUCGCUGGAACCGAGCCCGAAUCCGAUCGAGAAAUGACUGACCGUGAGCCAUCAGCACCAAUAACGGCACCUACUUCGACCGUCACACCAGCGGCGGACGCAGACCCCGGAGUCCAGGCAGGCGUCGAAGGCGAAAAGCCAUCCACGAAUCCUCCUAAACCUGGCGCUGGUGCAACGCCGACAACUUCUUCUGGCCACCCUAGUUUUCGAAGACAACGUGCGUCGCGAGCUUGUGAGACAUGUCAUGCUAGGAAGGUGCGGUGUGAUGCUGCAAGUCUUGGUGUGCCCUGCACCAACUGCGUCGCCUUCUCCAUCGAAUGCAAGAUCCCGACUCCCAAGCGAAAGAAGAACCAAAAAGCUAAAGAUGCAGCCAAUGACGAAAGCGGCUCUACCGGCGCGAAGCCCACUCAAAGAGAGGGUUCUGGAGGCCCACGGAGCAGGCCUGUUGAUGGAAUGCCAGUGACCUCCUUGACAGAAGCCGAGGCUGCCCAACAGGCUCAACAGAACCACUCUUAUGCCCAAUUCAUGAAACCGAAGUUUGCGCGAGCGCCGAUCACGGAAGCUGGUCGAGUGGCAUACCUUGGAGAAUCAUCGAAUCUGUCCAUAUUAGUCCACGACCGACACGGGACCACGGACGUCGUUCACUAUCCUCUUCCUGAGAGCAUUAGAGGCUCGAGGGCCCGGCUCACCGAAUUAGAUAGUCUCGAAAUCGACAUUCUACAUCAGCGAGGCGCGUUCCUUCUCCCGCCACGGUCGCUUUGUGACGAGCUGGUCGACGCAUAUUUCAAAUGGGUUGCACCCGCUGUUCCUAUAAUUAACCGCAGUCGCUUCAUGAAGCGCUAUCGAGAUCCCAAGAACCCCCCUUCGAUUCUGCUCCUACAGGCGGUACUUCUCGCUGGCUCGAGAGUCUGCACAAAUCCGCAGUUAAUGGAUGCGAAUGGGUCGACUACCCCGGCUGCAACUACAUUCUAUAAACGGGCGAAAUCCCUUUUCGAUGCCAAUUAUGAAGACGAUAGGGUGACUAUCGUUCAAGCCUUGGUAUUGAUGGGGUGGUACUGGGAGGGUCCCGAAGACGUUACCAAGAACGUCUUUUAUUGGACUCGAGUCGCUAUAAUCGUCGCACAAGGAUCCGGCAUGCAUCGAAGUGUUGAAGCAUCACAGCUUAGCAGAGCGGAUAAAAGACUAUGGAAAAGAAUUUGGUGGACUCUAUUCACCCGAGAUCGAUCUGUUGCUGUCGCCCUGGGACGACCUGUUAAUAUCAACAUCGACGACUCUGACGUGGAGAUGCUUACGGAGGACGAUUUCAUUGAAGAUGAAGCUGACUCUCCGGCCGAGUUCCCCCCUGAUCCGACUCACGUCCAGUUCUUCCUGCAGUACGUUAAGUUAUGCGAGAUUAUGGGCCUUGUGCUGUCACAGCAAUACUCGGUUGCUUCAAAAUACCGGAGGACGAAUGCGAUGGAUUUGACUCACAGUGACAUGGCGUUGGCAGACUGGCUGCAGAAUUGUCCUAGAGAAGUGUACUGGGAUAGAAAUCGUCAUCAUUUCUGGUCGGCUCUGCUGCAUUCGCACUACUACACAACCUUGUGUCUAUUACAUCGGGCACAUAUGCCUCCUGCCACCGGUGCACAUACUACUUCCGCUGAUGGAUUGGCCUAUCCAUCGCGCACUAUCGCUUUUCAGGCUGCUGCCAUGAUUACAUCGAUAGUGGAAAAUUUACAGGCCCACGAUCAACUUAAAUAUACUCCUGCAUUUAUUGUCUAUAGUUUGUUUUCUGCCCUAAUUAUGCACGUUUAUCAGAUGCGGUCGUCUGUUCCGAGCGUUGUCUCUACAACGCAGGACAGGAUCGGUGUCUGCAUGCAGGCUUUGAAGGAUGUUUCCAAAGUUUGGCUGGUCGCCAAGAUGGUUUGCACUCUCUUUGAGUCCAUCCUCGGGAACAAGGCACUAGAGGAACGCCUCCAGAGAGCUGCAGGAAAACGACAUCAGAAGCAGAAGUCCAAGAAAGAUGUCGUUCAUCCGCCGAAGAAGCCCGAACCUCCGAAGCGCAAGUUCGACGACUUGGAUAUUUCCAUUCCUAACGGUCCUCCCUCCCAUCAAGUCUCGUACGAACGGUCACGCCCGCAAACGCCAGCCGCUACGCCUUCUAUCCAACCCGCCCAAAUAGCUACCACGGGCGCAACUCAAAUGUCCCCACAACCCCAUCAUCGAGGCUCCAAAGAUGGCCUCUUGGGUCCGUCAGGCCAUGGGGGUAAUACCCGCCCAACAUCUCCAUUCAACCCAUCGUUCUCCAUGCCUACUACUCCUCCAGACUUUUUCCUUGUCACCCGAAAUUCGCCUAAUUUAUCACAAUCCCUUUGGGAGAAUUUCCAACCGGAUCAACUGUUUCCAGAUGGAACAAAUAUAACCGGUACCGGGUUUUCACCCUCCUCUGGAAAUGCGGUUGAUCCACAGCUGCAUAUGUCACAGCAUUUGCAACCAACUGGAAUGGGUUCACAGGCAAUGGGAAUGCAUCAGCAACAGCAACAUCUUCCAUCACGAGGGCCACGUGCACCGCAUGAAAGUCCCACAAUGAUGCAAGGCAUGCCGGGGAUGGGAGCAAUGGGGCAUCAGCAGCACUUGCAACCUGGGAUGGCGAUGCAGACCCAGCCAUGGGUGUUUGACGGCAAUAUGCACAUAGACGCCUCAAGUCAAGAUGAUAAUUGGAGCAACAGUUCGAGAGGUCAGGGGCCCGUUGUGCCUCCGACUUUAAACGUUGAAGAUUGGUUUCAAUUCUUUGGGAUUAAUGGCAUCGACAGCCUAGGGAUAGAUCAGAUGUGAACUGAUCCCUCGUUCGGCUGUGGUUCGUCUCGUCUGAAGUGUCCUGGUGUUUGAAGCAUGUUCUUGCUCGUGGUAAUUCAUAUAGUGUAUCCUGUGACGUUCUCGUUGGAAAUUGCCUACAGAAAACGGAUUUCUGUGAUGUUUAGGGACUAAUAGUCGGCGAACUUGUUUGAACCCUGCGGCGGAGUCUUAGGAGGCGUUAUCGGACGCAAAUUCGAUCGUUUUCCAAUAUCACCGCCAGCUCUCCUCUUUUAUUUAUUAUUUUCUUUUUCUGGCUUAUGUAACCUUUUUUACACUUCCCGUACAAAUUUCCUGUCGGGUUUGUUUGCGAUGAAAAAGCCCUAUAUAAUUCAUCUUUGAAGUACUCCGUACAAUACAGAGCAUUUCUUCAAUUCGC